AUGAGCUCAGUAUGCUCUCAGAUAAAUGAACUUUCUGAGGAGAUAUCAGGUACACUUUUUGCCGGUGAAACCUUGUCUCAUGCCGCCUGUGAAAAUUGGGACACACUUAUGCGCACAGUAUCCGAAAACUUAAGCUGUUGCGCGAACCAAACGGACCGUAAGCACUACAUUAAAUCAAUUUUGUAUGAGAUCUUUAUUCAACUGUCAGAUCAUAAUACAGAGCGGCCAUUGGAUGUCGAAAAAGCAAGCAGUUUGAUUCAACAAUUAUAUGCUGCCGAAGGCGCAAAAACGGCGCGCUACUUCACAUCUCUAUUGAAUAGCUUCCCAGAGAGGUCCAGUAGGCAGCUGAAACUGCUCCAAGCUCUCAGUUAUAUGGAUGAUGAGUUGUGCACCUAUGUCAUUGACGACAAACUACUGGAGAAAGCUGGCAAGUUUACCACACAGCAGCGUUCACUUUUCAAGAGAAGAUUAGUGGACAGCAGAUACAUUAUUCAGAAGUAUAACUUACUCAGUGAACACUCUGUGGCAUUUAGUGAGUUGAUCACCAUUUUGUUAGUUGCACAUAGUGAUCCCUUAAACUUGGACCGUGCCCCCGCGUACUGGAAAGAGGCCCAGUGCAUUAUCGGGAAAUACUCACUGGAUCCGUUGCGCUCCCUGGAAGUUAUACUGGUCGUUUCAUCUCAAUUUGUGACUAAAAACUAUGGGUUCUUGGUUCGGUUCUUAAAGGCUUCCACCUACUGGCCUACCGUUGAGGCCAAUGUUCGAAAUGCUGACACGUUGAAUAAGGGUGGUAACAUUAACGUUGCUCAGUCUUUGGCGAUGCACAUGAAUGAAUUACACCCAAGUGUACAAUUUUACGAUAUGGCGUGUGUGCUGAUUAUUGAAGGCAUGGUGUCUUUUCUCUCAGUGUUUGACAAUUUGGGGCCCAACGAUGAAACUAUUCAAUCUUUUACCACUGCUUACUAUGAAGAAUUAGAGGCUGAUAGUAUGAAGGGCAUCUCCAAUCCAUUGGCUAUGGCGUCCGCCUUAGCUGACGAUGCCGACGAAGAUGACAAGCCACUGUCGAGCGAAGAUGGAGAGGCUGGCACUGUUGAGAAGGGAGUUUCUCACGUAGAACCAGAAAUUAAUCGAGAAGAGACCAAAGAUCAUUUGAAGGAGGGAAAGUUAAUGCUCCUGCAGCGACUACUGGCUCAUGGCGCUGUAAUUCCAUUCAUUUAUGCUUUUCAGACCUACUCUCGGUAUAUGUUUGCUAGCAAGGAUAUCUCUAAGCUCUAUCUGAGACUUUUUGAAUACGCCAUACAUCCUGUUUACAGCCUUGCUGUUCCUUGCACGGAGCAAAAGAAAGAUUCCAAUAACCUCGCGCGUACUCAUGAUGUUUUUCAAGCCUUCCACACACAGACUACUAGAGAAUUUUACUACCAAGAAUGCAUGGCAUAUGUCACAACUGUUGAUAAUGUUGACAAGUUGUUUAGUCUUUCUCAUCAGUGGCUCACACCUCUCGGCCCCCACUUGGCGCACAAUGCAUCUGUUGUUUCAAAGCUGUGUAGGAUUGGUUUGGAGGAUAUAAGGAGCAGUUUACAGGCUCCUGCUACAUUAGAGCGCUGGCUGAAUUUUGCCCGGAAAUUCGUACUCCCAGCAUUGCCUCUCUUGACCGAGAAUGUAAUUGUCAUAAACCAAGCAUAUGAAUUGCUCAGCUUUUUUGACUAUGAACGCCGUUAUUUUCUUUACCAUGAGCUCAGCUCUAAAUUAUCUCAGGACAAUAUUUUCAUUAAAGCGGCAUGGAACGCUUCUUCGAGGGAAGCUAAAACGGAAUUAAAGUCUUUGAGCAUUGACAAUAUGGACAAAAAGGGUAGAAUAUUUGCGAAAAUAGUAUCCAAAAAUCCAUUAAGCGCUCUAGAACCCGUUAUGAAUCAGCUGGAAAAUUAUGAUAAGUUAUCAGAUCUGGUGGUGGAGACGACGUCGUACUUUACACCCUUUGCAUAUGAUGUUUUACAGUACCAUAUUUUGCUUCGCUUGUCAUCCGAAAGACAAUCUCUUCAAGAAAGCGGCAUCCAUGUUACAAUGUGGGUACAAAGGCUUGCCGUGUUUAUUGCAAGCUUAGUGAAAAAGUCUCCAAGAAUGGAUAUCCGCAACAUAGUACGCUUUGUGGUCAAGAAGCUCCAUUUGAACGAUAUGAUUUCUGUGACUGUAAUCAAAGAGCUUACUUCUAAAGUGGGUGGUGUGAAAGAUAUUAAUGAUCUAAGUCCAAGACAACUACUCAUGCUAAAUUCGGGUAAACCUCUCCAGGAACUCGCGAGAUCCAUAAUCAGAGAUACGAGAGAUGAAAAUUACACACCGGCACUGAGAUUGCUUAAUGUUUUCAUCGAAGAAAAUGCAUUGUCCGAAAUUUUUAUUCUAUUAGACAGUAUAAGAGUUUCCCUCACCGGGAAGGACUCUCACUAUAAAGUAGUGUCUACAAGGAUUGACGAUAUUGGCUUAUUGAUGUGGUCUUUUAUUGAUAUGAGCAAACACUUUCUAGGCGCUGAUAGAUAUAAGGCAAACGUGAUCCCUUUCGACUUAUUAGUGAGCCAAUAUGGUCUAUCGAUAGAGUGGGCAUUCUUCAUUUGGAGAGACUUCUAUGAUAGCUUACCUAAUGAUGAUUUAAAAUCCGUUGAGAAUUGGGAUCAGGCAAUUGAAAGGGCCCAACUGGUACCCGUCGAGUUUCAAGGUGAAUUUGUGCAGCUUUUUAUCAACUUCUGGAAAUCGUCUUUAUAUGACGUGUCGUUCCCUAAAGACCUUUACGACGAUGAGAAAAGGUCGAUUGAAAAGACUGCAGCUCAAUGUAAACCUGGUAAAAAGAAGCGAGAGGCAUCUAAGAUGCUUGAAAAUAUUAUGGCGAGCAGACUUGGUCAUCAAAGAGCAUACAACAGAUGCCAAUCCUUACUCCAGGCAUUCUCUUUCAACGUAAAUCAGUUAAAAUUAAAGGGCGUUUUGGGACCAUUUAUACAACGCUGCGUAAUUCCGAGGGCUCUAUUUUCGCCUGCUGACGCUCUUUACGUGGUCAAUUUUAUUUGGGAGGCCUUCAGCUUUAGCGGUGCCUUGAUGAUCUUAGAGGAGAUCGCUUUGCAAAGAUUCCUCGUCCCUCUUCUUUUUUCCUCAACUAGUUUAGAAGCAAGCAACUUGGGUCUUUUCUUCACCACCUAUCUAGAAAAGCUAGAGCAGUUGAGAAAGAGCAACCAGGUCUCUAACGAUGACCUCAAAAUCUUGUUCAGCAUUCACCAUACGAUAGCAGAUGACGUUAUCAAUUUAAUGAUGGAGAAGAACUAUAUGUCGAUACGAAACGGAAUUGAAUUUAUGAAGUACCUAUCCACAGUGUUCCCCGUUGUAGAAUAUGACAUUUUCCAGAUGAUUCAAGUCAUGGAAAAGCUGAUAUCAGCAGAUAAACGAGAAGAUAUUUUGCUGCCAAGCAAUGCUCUUAUCGGCCAUUUGAGAGCCCGACUAAAGACCUCUAUCGAACUUGAAGCUUUCUAUGACAUGAAUCCUGACGAAAAAAGCCAUUUUGCUUGCGAGGAGAAAGAUAUUAUUAUAAAAUAUUAUAAGGCAUUGGCGAGUGAAGAAGAAGAAAGGAAACGUCGGUUAAACUUCGAAAACGAAACCGAGGAGAAACUUAAGGAAGGGCAUCAAGAAAGUAAAAAUUCAGGGCUUGUGAAUGAUGAAAACCUCACAGCGGCAAAUGUUUUUGCUAGGUUUGGCAAGGUUUCUCCACUACCUAUGUAUGAUAUUUUGGGUGAAAUGCGGGACGUUUGCAAAUACUUGGAAGCAGAUCGUCCCAAUUAUAUGAGCCGCAUUGUGAGGAACAAAUUUGUACUCGCAGAAUUGCGGCAGAUAGAAAGGGAAACAAUACAUCGACCCCAAGAGUAUUCAUCAAGGCUUUCGGAAUUAUUUGAAUCAUUCUAUCGGAGCCUCGUGUCCUCACCUAAUCAUGAUAAAUUUCAACAGCGGUUGAAUGCUAUAAGCCUCGCGUGCAAGUCAGUCAGAAACCCACAGGGAAUGGAGAAGAUGCACAAAGGCAAACCACCAGCUCAACCUAUUGCGUACGAUGAGGAGCCUUUGCCGAAGGCGCCUUCUUUGAUGAAAGCGAGGUCAGAGACUCCUCGGGGUAUGGGCCAAGCUGGCGACCUUGGGGAUAAUAAACGUCAAUCGAGGUAUAGCGGGGCUAGGCUGAAUAACCCAGUUCCUGGAAAUAAGAACAAAUCUGUGACAUCGGAUGACAAAACAAUCUCAUCUCAAAGUCGAGAGAAAAUCAUCGAUGAACGCAAGAAAAAUAGGGAAUCGUCUUUUGAUUUUAUGAGCUCCAAGUUACCCAAGGGGCCCUCAAGUUCUAGCGAGGGCAGGCCGGUGAAUAUAAAAAGCCGGUAUGACCGUAAUUCAGCGGCAGUUCCCGAAGAUAAGGGAAAGGCGUCAUCACCUGCGCCGCGUGUUCCUGCCCGCGGUACUGCUGUUAACAGAACGGGCACUGACGCAGCAAGUCGUUUUCAAAAUUCCCCGGCCAGCGAAAGCAGGUUUCCAGAGCGCCCCCCUUCACAGGGUCUGAAAACACGUUUUACUAAAAGACCUAGGGACGAGGUUGCGUCGCCUUUUCCGUCGAAGAGGAAAAAAAAUGAACCCAGCCGGAGUCACUUUCCAGGUCCUGAACGCGAACGACCAGCGUCGAGUGUAAACCGCGACUCCAAUACCGGGGACAGGUACGAAAGAAAACCACUAAAUGAUAAGCGCCAAGCUGGACCUGAUGUGAGUUUACCUUCUGGUCCUCGUUCCCAAGGGACUCGGGACAAGCGAGGCCGUGGCAGUAGCCACGCGCAGCCAUCGACUCCAGCUCAACGGCCUAGCAGAUAUCAAAAGUGA